AUGUGGGACGUCUUUAAUGCCUCUGUGGAUGGGAGAUUGAUCCGCACUGUGCCCAUCGGUACACCCUGUCAUAACGGCGCCUCUUUCUCAGAAGACGAAUGCAGCAUAAUUCAAGCGAAUUGGCACAACUCUUCCUUUCACGAAUUAAGUUCAUCCUCUACUCAAGUCUCACUCUGGGCGAAUCAGAGCUGUGACCCUUUCUCUGGGCCGGAUUCGCAAUGCAUCAUCGGGACUUACGUUCAGUACGCAGUCAACGUCUCCACACCGGCACACGUCAUUAGCACUCUCAAAUUCGCAAAGAAGCAUAAUAUUCGCUUUGUCGUCCGUAAUACUGGUCACGAUUAUUUCGGAAGGUCAACGGGUGCCGGUGGCCUGUCGAUUUGGACAUUCCACCUCAAAGAAACCCAAUGGAUCGAUCAUUUUGUCUCUAGCACAUACAAGGGCGUUGCAGUUAAAGCCCAAGCAGGUGUCUCCGGGUUGCAGAUAUACCAGGAAGCCGAUGCUAGAGGGAAAAUUGUAGUCGCUGGAGCAUGCCCAACCGUUGGAUGGGCGGGGGGAUAUAUACAAGGAGGCGGACACAGUCCAAUGGGUUCCAAAUUCGGGAUGGGGGCCGACCAACUGCUCUCCAUGGAGGUUAUUACCACCACUGGAAAGUUCGUCACAGCGUCUCCUACUCAAAAUGAGGACCUAUUCUGGGCGAUGAGCGGUGGUGGGGGUGGCACUUAUGGCAUCCUCUGGUCGUUGACAGUGAAGGCGUUCCCGGAUAUGCCAUGUGCUGGAGCUCUACUGAGCUUCAACGCUGGACCUACCGUAUCACUUGCAAAAUGGUGGGAAGCAGUCGACUUCUACCAGGAGAGCACCCCUACAACAACAGACGCAGGAGGAGUAUCGUAUUCGUUCUAUUCAGAAGGGUCGUUCCAAAUGGCUCCUCUUUUCCUUCCCAACAGCACUGCUGCUGGUGUCAAGGAGCACAUCCAACCUUUGGUGAACAAACUCAAUUCCCUCGGAAUCCCGCACAACCUCACCAUCGCCGAAUACCCUGGGUUCUUUGCCGCUCACGAAGGGCUGUUCCCCCCGGAAUCGUUCGCUGUCGGGGUAAUGCAAUUUGGCGGCAGACUCCUACCUCGUUCACUUUGGGAAUCUAAAGCUUCCUUGGCCAAGCUUAAAUCCGUGGUGAGGACAAUGGUUGAAGACGACGCCGUCAUCUUCGAUAUUGCUGUGAGCCCAACCAAGGAAAGAGGCGGAAACCCGAAGAACGCAGUGCUCCCUGCAUGGAGAGAAGCCGAGCGCACAUUCUACCCGACACUCCCAUGGAUCGAUCGUGCACCCUUGAGCGUCGCGGUACAGCAAGAGAAUAAAAUUACCCAUGCCUACGAUGCCGCGCUACGUGCAUUAGCACCGAAAAGCGGUGCGUAUCUGAAUGAGGGCGAUCCAUUUGAGCCAGAUUUCAAAACAGCAUUCUACGGCGUCAAUUAUGCAAGACUCCUCGAAAUUAAGGAUAAGUGGGACCCAGAUCAACUACUCUUUGGUGCGAUAGCAGUCGGGGGCGACCGAUGGAAAACGGCUCCGGAUGGUCGACUCUGUCCUGCAUAA